AUGGCUCUUUUUGCCUACCGACUGAUAACUAUCUUAGUUCUCUCUAUUUCUCAAGUGCGUGGAUCGUGUUUUCUAGAUACAGUUAAGUCAUCACCAUCGAACAAUACUUCAAAUCAGCAGAUCGAUGAUAUAUACUGCGAUUAUGGGGAUGUAAAAUAUGCAAUUAAUACCACUUGGACUACACCGUAUCCUGAUUGUCUUAAUUGUCACUGUUCUCAAUAUGGAUUAGAAUGUUGUGGAUUUGGACCAGAAGCUGGUAUUAUUGAGCCUCCAGAAAAUUGUCAAUUAGUUCAAGGUACAUGCGAAGUUCAUUUUGUUCGACAAGAUGAUCCUUCAAAACCGUGUGAUCUAAUCGAUGUGAUCAAGCCGAUACGACGUUUGAAAACACAGAAAUUUCUUACGAGACAUAUGAAUUACGUUCCACUAAACGGAAAGCAAGAACAAUCGGUAACAUCUCCAGUAUCGUUUCCUAAUUCCAAUAGAUUUUACGUUAAUCAACGAAAAACUACUUUACAUCCGCCAAAACCUCGAUUUCAACCAACAGCCAAUGGUCAUCAAAAUAUAAAUUAUCGUCCACAACAUUCUCAUAAAACACAGGAUUUUUCUCGUUUAAAUAUUCAAAAAUCUGAUCAAGGUCUAUCUCAAACAUCAAUACCAUUUAGUGCAGCCAUGCCAAUGGCUCGUACUAAUAGUUCUCUGCAUAAUGUUCAACAAAAACUAGCUGCACUUACAUUACGGUUAGAAAAGGAAUUAGAAGAUGACGCAACUGUAGAUGAAUAUUAUGGUCAAUGUACAAAAUGUGGCCAACCAGUAACUGACUCGUCUAAUGCUUGUCAAGCACUGAGCGAACUUUAUCAUAAUAACUGUUUUAAAUGUAUUGUUUGUGCUCGUAUAUUACGAGGUAAAUCAUUCUAUCGUGUACACGAUCAAGUAUAUUGUGAAGAAGAUUAUUUGUUUACUGGCUUUCAACAAUCAGUAGAAAAAUGUUAUAUUUGUGAUCAUCUUAUAAUGGAUAAGAUGCUUCAAGCACUUGGUAAUACAUAUCAUUCUGGUUGUUUUCGUUGUUCAGUAUGUAAUGAAUGUCUUGACGGUCUUCCAUUUACUGUCGAUAAAGAACGACAAAUAUUCUGUUUAUAUGAUUAUCACAAUACUUAUGCUCCACGAUGUGCAAAGUGUGCCUAUCCAAUAUGUCCAGAAGACGGUUCUUAUGAAACUGUUCGUGUUAUUGCUAUGAACAAAAAUUUUCAUCUUGAUUGUUAUCGAUGUGAGGAUUGUCAAACUAGUUUGAGUGAUGAGCAGACGAUAGCUCUUUUAGGCGGUUGUUGUCCAUUAACAGAUGGCACAUUAUUAUGCUAUCUUUGUCGAACGCGCCGAGGUGCUGAUGAGAAUUGA